AUGUUCCGGCGCUUCCUGGAGCAUAUUGGUGUCGCCUCUCAACAGCAGAUCGCCGAAAUUGGAGAGUCGUUGUCUGACGUCAAAGAGACUUUAAAUCUCCUUGUUGACGUCCAAAAUCCAGGAGUGCGAUCACAACCCCAAAAUCCGACCGCCGCCGUCAAUAACCCACAACCUCAACCCGCCGCUUUGCUGCCUGGUCCUGAGCUCGCAACAAAUGGGGCCAUUAUGCCAACACCCUCCAGUGCCAUCGUAUCUAACUCUCGCAUUGCGCCGCCAUGGCCAGGUACCCAUCCUCCGCAACCAGCCGCUCAAAUGUACCCAGCCAUCGCCACACUCCCAGCUCAGCAGUACAUGAUCGUUCCAGCUGGCCCAAUGCCUCCCGCCACAUCUCAGCCCACCGAUCUCACUCACCAGCCCGUGCCACUUUCCAGCGCAGCUCCUUCGCACUCUACUCAACCUCAAUCAUCGGAUCCUUUGGCGGCUGCCCAUUUGCCGAACGUUGUGAUGGGGCCCGGGGUCAUAACAAACGACCUUCUCGUUUGGCCCGAUGGAUAUCAGUUCCGGGAGAUCCUCGUUGACGAUGUCUUUGACGAGUGGAAGCUCACUUUCUGGCAGUGGCGUUCUAACGGCAAUCAUCCAUUUGAAGGCCAGAUAGUUGGUGUCCGAAGGUGCUUGGGCGUUCUCAUCUGCUCGGACUCUGUGCCUGUCAACGGAGUCGUUGUGAAAGGUUGUGGGAAACUCACACGUCCCGCCACUCAGAAGGCAUCUCGUACUGCACAGGGUACUGAGCAAUGCUCUCAGGCCGGCUGUUCUUCAAUAACGCACAUAUUGGUUCAAUGUGGAGCUCGGUCAUAUCACUUCCCCCAGUUCGAACGUGAUGGGAAGCUCUGGCUGCUGUGGAAGCAUAGCGAGAUUGGACACGGUCAUCCACGCCCGCCCGCUCCUAAGACCAAGCUCUCUCUUGCACAGAAUAACGCACUGGAUCGGCAGGUCGCACUUCGUCCCGACGCCACAGCUUUUCAGUAUCGAGUCGGGCAAGCUGGCCGAGGGUCGGUUCCCCUCAGCAACAUCAGUCCCGUUCUAGCGAAUCCUCGCGUCGCCCGUGCUCAGGUGGCCAAAUCAAAGAGUCGUUUAGGCUUGGAAGCAACGGGUUCACGUCGAAAUGACACCGAUAUAUUCGGUGGAAUAGCGGCAUUCGAAACCAAUCAUGGAGAUGUACUCAUCGACUCGCACCUUCACCGUCCGCAGUACAUCACCUUCCAGACGCCGUUCAUGAAGAAGAUUCUGAAGGAGUACGUCGAACGAUGGAGUGUUGAGCGGGAGGAGGGAGGGCCUGAGUCUGGACGACGUGGUGGUGUUACGGACGUGGACCACAGUUACUUCCUUGUGGGAAACGUCCUAGCAACCUGUGUGUUUUCACCGGUACUUCGAGCCUGGGUUCCUGUCCUGUAUUCGUGGAUCAACGGGCUGGACGCAGAUCACCUCCGCCCUCACUUUCGCCAUCUCUUUCGCCAGAUUUACGAAUUUUCCGGAAACCGCUGGAAUCCCGAACUGUUCACCCAGGUAAUGGACUUUUCGACAGCCCAGCGUCGAGCAUUUAUCGACGAGUAUGUCGCGCUACGCUUUGAAUCUACGAAGGGCUUGGCCCAGAUGUCUGCCGAGACUCAGCAAUUGCAGCGAGACCAAUUCACGGAGGAGGCGACAGAGUUUCUUGUCGGCUGUUCUGUGCACUUCCAGCGCUCUGUGAUGCGCUUGAAAAGUAACGGUGCACUUGUACCCCAGGAUCGUGUUCCGAUUUUUGAGCGGCUUAUUCGUGUGCUGCUCUCGGAUACCACAACACUUGAUCAGUUCGAUGCUGCUGUUCUCGAGCUUCGGGAGGGUUUCCCUUCGGUCUCGAGAUGGUUAGACUGGUGGCUCCAACCGUUAAACGCGUCCAUGAUCUUCCCGGUCAAGUCUACUGUUGCUCCAUCUACACGUCAGGACGUUCCACGAACAUCCAAUCCGGUCGAAGCGAAGCACUCUCUGCUUCAUCGAGCCUCUGGAACCGAGAAGGGAUUGAUUGCUGGACUAGAGGGAAUGCUUCUGUAUGUUCGAGAGAUUGAAGCAUUAUAUGAAGCAAUCAAGACCGGUGAUGCAGCUGCACCAUCUCUUGAAUCGAACUUACGCUCUCUACGCCGAAGACCUUGGGACCCGAACGAUGGAAGAGCACCAGAUACCGCCGCUAUGUUAGCAAAUGUGGUGCCCCAAACAAGCAACGGUGAUUCUUUCGAUACCAAGUCUACAUACAUGAUCCUUACUUUCCUUCUAGAUACUCCCAAUGUUGCUACUCGUCGAUCUCGUCGGAAGGAUACAUCAGUUGUUCAGCAACCGCCUGGAGACCCCUCAUCUCAAGCUCAUUCUCCUUCGACCACCAUACCGAUAAUAGGUCUCAAGGAUCGAGAACUAGUUGGCUAUCGUUGGCGUGCUCCGAACUCGUGUUUCUGGGACUGUCCCCUCGAGAUUUUGUACCGGUGCUAUCGCACCAUGUCACCAACAGUACGGUCAAAGCUAGUCACUGAUCUCUCAGCUGCACCUCCGAAAAAGGCUCGUUCGAAGUCGCCUCUUCAAAGACUUAUAACCCAUUUCGAGGAGAGAGACAAGUGGGUCGCUGGGCGUACGAAGACAUACAAGUCCGAGCCGAAGGGCCUGCAGAUCCUCAGCACUGCUCAGCUCACAUUUCGAGACAUCAUCGAAAAGGACUGGGAUAUCGGAGAUCUCGUACGGAAGAAUCCCGAGGACGCUAAUUCUGCUGUCCGCUACGGUAGUGCAGACAGUGUUUUGGCAAAGUUAGUUUCGGACGGUGUUCCUACUGCGGUCUCCCAGCACUUCGGAAUGCAGCAUCAUCUUCUCUAUUCCUGUUCUGCUGGCCAUCAAUUUGAGUUCCCUGCCUCAUCACCACAACCACGAUUCAGGUUCAUCCUUGAAGACAUUGACGCUUGUCGAAGCCGUUCUACGAAUGGCCGCGUUUCGUAUCAAGAUUUCUUCAGGGCCCUUAUUCCACGCACUCCUGAGGGUCCUUCAUGGGGUACUACUGUUCUACAUCAGCAAUCUCCGAUCGCUUGCCAGAGCAACCACUGCGACGAGGAUAUGACACUCCAAUCGGUUCGCACUUCCUGGCCUGCCAUACUCCAAAUAGGCCCGCCGGAAGACGCAGCUGCCGACAGGGCUCGGUCCGAAGUCAGGACCAUGCUCGCCUUCUCCGUAGCGCAUUCCAACAAUCGCUCGACCGUUCAAUACGAACUCGUCGGAAGUAUUCGCCAUCACGACACCUCAGACGAUGACGGAACGGCUGCCAAUCAUUAUACUUGCCGUUUUCUCCAAAAAGCGCGCGUAUAUUCCUACAACGGCAUGGUGCACUCUGGCCAGCUUCAGGAAAUAGGCCCGGCAUCAUCAAUGCUCGACGUGGAUCCGCUGGUGACGACAUGGAUGUAUGUUCGUACUUCGGACACUUCGACUACCAAUCAGACUGUCACUCAAAUCGCCGCGAACUAUGUACCAAAGCUGCCACGCACGUAUGACCAAGGUGAUCCCAGCGUUCAGAUUGAUUUGACUGAUCCGUCAUCCGAAUCAGUACCGUCAGGCAACGUCGCCCAAACGUCUACCCCUGCGGUACUACUUUCUUCAUCGUACACAAACACAAAUAUCCCCCGCCCGUCCAACGACCACGCAGAAUCCACAGGCACUCCAGGCGCUACGACUACUCAGCCUGUGGCAAAACUUGCAGCACCAUCAAGCUACGCUCACGGCUCUCUCGUUUAUUCAUACUCAUCUGAUUCUUCGUCUUCAUGCUUGCGUUCCUCAUCACCUCCAACGCCUAUUCUGACACACCAGCAUCCCCUUCCCUCGUCACAACCCUUGCCAAGACACAAUUCUGCCAUGGAAUCUUCGUCGGGGUCAGAGUUAGGGCAAGAUGACUUGCUGCCUUCGUCACAAGAGGUUGAUAUUUUCAUGCUCGCCACGGUAGACGCCAUGAAACGGAAAGAACGGGGUGAACAACCUAUAUUCGAUCUCGAUCCCUUGCUCCAGCAAAUCGAUUGUGUUGGGUGUGGUGAGAAGGAAGACAGGAAUGUGCUCGGGGUGGAGGACACAGACACGAUUCAAUGCACUCGUUGCAAUCUGUGGUCACACAUAGCCUGUAUCGAGACGCAAUUUGGCAACUUGCCUACUGGCUCUAAUGAGCGCUGGAUAUGUAAUAGAUGUAGGGGAGCACGGAUAUGGGAUGUUUCCUUCAUUGGGCGGAUCGUUUUUCUUCGCCUCCGCAAUUCCAACGACCCUCGUCUUUUCCCCGCCAAAAUCAAGUCUGCCAUUAAGGGUGUGGCUACACUCGAGUGGCAACUUGGUCUCAUCGACUGGGCAAGCGGACGAAGAGUCAAGAAGCCAACUUCACCAGGCUUUUCUUGUCCUGUUCAAGAGUGCGUGCAAGCAUGGUCCUCAGUCCGGAUCGAUGCACGAAAUUUAAAGUUCGUGAAGAUCAUUCUCCCACUUUGCUUCGCCGAAGACGCUACAGAGAGAGGCUACGACAACGCCGUCGUAACCGACGCAUUAGCGAAUGCAGCAAGGGCAGUGAUAGACGCGAUACGAGGUACUUCACACCCCGUUAUGAAUCUUUGGAACUUCGGCGAGUGGCGUUUUACGAUCUUGGAAGAUGAAUAUGGGAAUAUCCUCGAGAAAAAGCCGGUUCUUCCUAAAUUUAUCACACCAAAUCGUUUCCUAUCCUUCUAUCCAUCGGUUCCUAUCCUUCUCGGCGACCAGGCAUUAACUCAAGACACCAUGACCGCCAUAGAAAUGUACACCGGUAGCCUGCCACCAUCCCCGGAUAUAUCCAAGGAGGACAUGCGCGACCGUGUACAUGGCCCAGGGUACCUCCUCCUCCUACUUGUCAUCCUGCGCACGUACCUACACCGUAAGCCCCGAGAUGACGACCACAUCUGGCAUUUAUGGAGACAGGAGAGGAUAGUUAGGACUUGGACAUCAUUCGAGGUAACGCUUGCUGCAUCAAGAGGGCAGUCACAGAUGGAUUUGGAGAGUGACGGGGGUAUCAGGUUCCUCACGACGAAAGGGGAACAAGGCGUUACAUACGUUGAUGGAUCCCUUCCUACAGGAACCGAUCUGGUACACAUCGUUACCAAGGGCACCACUCCACACAUCUGGCCAAACGGUGUCAGUGCUGGUUUGACUGGUGAGCCGCUCGUGUUCGAGGUGAAGGCAGUUGGGCCACCACCAAAGCCCCGUCCUCUGAAGAAGAAGCCUGUGGUACGGUUUGAGAAUGCAGAGGGUAGUACAUCUGGCGGUAAUCCUCAGGAUUUGCCUCAAGAGCCUGUGCAAGAAGAACAGUCUGGUCUUCGGAGGUCUCGGAGGAAUCGGGGGUAA